AUGGAUUUGUGGAAAUAUCCUCUCGAUUCACAGCAGUGCCCGCUUCGGGUUCUGUCCUACGCUUAUCCUGAAACCGUCCUUCGUCUAGUAUGGGCCAUCAAAGAGGAUUUCCUGCCAGUUGAUCGAAAUCCUGAAAUCAUCAUGCCUGAUAUGCAACUAAAGGACAUUCGUACCGGUUACUGUAACGGCACCUACGCAACAGGUUCA